AUGGCUGGAGGAAAUUCUACCGCAGACUCAGACUUUCACUGCUCCGAUGAAUUCGUGGCGGCCUUCAGAAAGAGCAUGAGAGGGCAGGUGUGGAGGGUGAACGCGAUGCUAUUAACCGAUGUCGUGCUGGCUGGGGUCAUAGUCGCCAUGGGCGCCUACGGCCAGCGCUACCGUCAUCACCCCUUCACCCGCUUCGUCUUCCUCGGAGCCACCACGCUCUUCUUGCCCAUCGUCUCCUAUGUUGUGUCCAGCACUGACAGCAAGUCCAAGAAUUACAGCAAUGUUCCCUGGGUCUUUGGUCCCGAGGUCUUUGGUCACUUUGAUGGCCUUGUUGCUAAAUGCAAAGGAGAAUUUCACUCGGUGGCUACCGUGACAUGGGCAUUCCUUGUUCAGAUUGUUGUAAUCAACACCAGCACAGUAGUCGCCGCUGAUGACAGAGAAGGUCGAAACAUACCUCCGCCUUACGAGCUGUUUGUUCAGGGGGUAUGGACGUUUUACCUUGGUGCCAGCAGCAUUGCCCAGAAGCACGUGUAUUUUCCCAGAGACUUGUUGCUCCUUUUCGUUGAGUUCUCUCCAUCUGCUCUCAUCUGUUUUAAGAUUGUGUUCAAACUGUAUGCAUUCAGAAAUGCACAGCGAUCCUUUGCACUCGGACGCAAUCCACAUCUUGUUUCUGGGUACAGUCAGCAACUGCAGCAGGUAGAAGAAGGAAGUCCACAUGGUGAACCACCUGUAGGUGAUGGCCAGCAUGUACAUGUACAUGUACCUCCUCCUCCACUCAUGGUUAUGGGAGAAGAAGUAAUACAAGUGGAGAAGCAGCCUCAGGGGUAUGUGGUGAAGGAUGUCAAAAACAUGGUGACAGUUGACAGAGUUUGGCGGUUGGACGACACGCUACUAGCUGUUCCAAGACCGCUGCUACUGAAAGACUUAUGCUUGUCAUUUGCUUUGUUCAAGUUGCUGCGCUGUCGAUUCGCGAGGUAUAAGCUUGGUAAUGCUGGCUCUAAGGGGGUGACAACUGACUUUUUCUGGGGCUUGUUGAUGAAGGAUGGUGAACAUGUGAGGAUAUUCCGGUUGAUUGCAGAUGAGGUUUCUUUCGUUCAUGAUUACUAUUACUCAUCCCUUCCAAUCUGCUAUGCCAAGCGUUGGCUGCACAUCUGGAGUCUCUGUAUCUCACUCUUGAGCCUAGGUUACUGCAUCGUGGCUGCAUGUUUGCUCGGGCUUGCGAUCUGUAUGACGGAUUGGGAGGACAUAGUGAAGACCACUCAGAUGGAAUGCCUUUACUGGUGCUGGGGAGAUUAUGUGGUAAGCCAUACGAAGCUUGAAAGCUUUGGAAGGGUAUAUUUUGUUGCGGUGCUUCUGUUUCUGAUUGUGACGUUGGUCAUGAUCUCAGAGAUCAGAGACAUAGGCUCUUACAUCUGUUCCAACUGGACAAAAGUAGGGCUCGUCUGCUGGUACGUAAACCAUACCUCUUGGCAGCAUUUUGUACCCGUGCAGAAAUGGGUGGCCCUUUUGCUGCGAUGCAGAUGCAAGCUGAUGAAGCAUUGGAAUGAAAAGAUGGGCCAGUGCUCAGUACUGGUGCUUCAACCAAGAACAGUCACUCCACUCGGACUUCUGAGGCGCGUCCUCCGUUUGCCGGACAAGGAGAGGAGUGUCAGAGUAUCACCAGCGGUGAAAGCUUGCAUCAUCGAUGCCCUGAGGAGCCAUAAGAGCACCGGCGCAUCUCUGCGCCGAAGCCGGGUCCAUGAGAACUUCCCCGGGGCCUACAAUAGCAAAGGCACAUCAGAUGCCAUACUUACAUGGCACAUCGCCACGUGCAUCCUUGAGGCUCGGCACCCAUGCCAGCAUGACCAAGAACAAGAACAAGGCUCUCCGCCGGCUGUAUCCGAUGACAGGAUCACCGCAGUACACCUGUCACGGUACUGCACGUACCUGGUGGCCUGGUAUCCUGAGCUACUUCCUGACGACGUUGCAUGGAGCAAGAGCGUGUACAAGGCCGUCAAGAAGGACGCUGGCCGCGCCCUUGCUGCCAGACGCGCCGCGCCGGGCACGCCAGAGGCCGAGUAUAAGCAGCUGCUGAAAUUGCUGGGUGAGAAUUCAAGGCAUGAGGUGCUCAGGGAUGGUGCAAGGCUGGCAACGGAGUUGGUGGAGUACUUCACUGCCGCAGGCGAAGGCGACGAGGCCACGUGGAAGCUGCUGGCCGGAUUCUGGUCGGAGAUGAUCCUGUACGCCGCGCCGUCGAAGAACGAGAAAGGGCACUUGGAGGCCGUCGCCCGGGGCGGCGAGCUAAUCACGCUCCUCUGGGCGCUGCUCUUCCAUGCUGGGAUCGUAAGCAGGGGCGAAACCGCUGCUACGCCUGCUGGCACUGUUUAA